GAUGCAUCUGAGCGUCUCACACGUCUUGCCACCCCCCGUAGAUGGGGGAAGGCGGACUUGGCAAGCUCAAGCGGACAUUGUGCGGUAUCGGCCAGGUGCAUCUUUUUACGCCGCGUUUGUGCUUUUACAAGACAUUGAGAUGCUGUUGCUACUAGUCAACAGUUUGCCGAGUCGCGGCACCACUUCAUCGAAACGCUUGAUUGGAUACGUCUCAAAUGGCUGGAACUAUGGGGGGAUUUGCAUCGGUGAUUUAGGUGCUUCUUUCACGUGAUGACUUUGGUCUCUCCUACUCUGGGUAGGUCGCGGCGCACGGGGGUGGUACAGUGCCUGCUGCUGAAACGCGCUUUGCUGAACCGUGGGGCCUGGCAGGCGGAGCACUGGCCUGGCGCAUUUCUGUCGACACAGGAGUGCCGCGAUGGAUUGUGCCUUUCUCGAGUAAGUCGCACAAUGUGACUCUUCUUCUGUCUCAUCUUCGAUGGCAAAGAUACCCAUGUCGACCAAUUGCUCGAUACUGGUGUUACCAUGCAGUCCGUCCAGAAGCCUCCGGCCUUCAACAUAUGCUUUCUACGGAGCCUGACUCCAUCAGGAGCCGUGGCACGAUGAGAGGCUCAACACCAAGGCGAAUGGCGUAGUGAUGACGCUCCUCGUCCGAGAAAUCAAGUUCACGCACGAUAGAAUCAGCAGCCACUUUCAGGAUGGCAGGAGAUUCGUGGGCCUCAUCGCAGACAUCGAAGACCGGCAGGGUCAACCCGAUGAAAGAUGAGGGCUUCAGGCUGGAGGGCUUCAGGCAGGACCCCCGUGGGUCACGGCAACCCGCAGUCUAUUUCUGCAGGAACGAACGGCGCCUGGACUGCGUCCAUCAGCUUCAGGGGCGCAAUCCCCAGCAGGAGGUGCAGGUGAAUCGGUCCGCCGGGGUAUUCAAGGGGCACGCCAAGGCGCUCACCAACAGCAUACCUGCUUUGCGAUGUAUGCUUUCUUGUCUCGUGUUGCGAACCGCACGGGAGCGAGCUGACAGGGUCAGCAUCGAACAUUGAUAUGCUGCUGUGGGAAAGCUUUCGUUCCACUCUGAUGUUGCAUCUAGCCUCGCCGUGCACGCAAUGCACGUGCACCACUGCUCGCGGGAUAUGCCACAAGAUCCAACGGCCCUCUAAUUCGUGCAACACGGGACACCGCAUAUCGCUUGCACUCAGCGGUGGGAUCAAUACGC